GCUGGAGUGGGAGAUGCCUGAUGGUCACGACAGUCCACAGGACCCACUAAGCAUUGCUAAAGAGGAAAGUUCAUCUUCAGAAGAUUUUCUUGGGCCUGGCACAUACAAUAUUGAUAAAACAGAAAAUGAGGAAGAUGAAGAGGAGCCAGUGUGUGAGGAAGACGGACAGGAGCUCAGUCAUGAAGUGGAGUCAACAAGCAGUGACAGUGAACUGAAAAGGUGUGAAGGCAUUUUUGAGGUGGUGAGGCCACACGAUGAAGAAGUACAAGAAACUUCAUCAGCAAGGAAGAGAGGAAGAUGUGCUAAGAACAAAUUUACACCUGUCAUUGUUUCGGGUAUGCAGAUCACUUGAACACCACUACUGUAAGUGAAAAUUGUGAGGGUGGCACCAAAUACCAGAUUCCGAAUAAAAUCAUUGUAUCUGACAAAAUGUGUAAC